GCUAAUAUUUUGUCCUUUUCUAAACAUAAACUCUCUCUCUCACGCACACACACACAAAGUGCACCAAAGCCUUUCAAAACGAACCCUUUUAAAAAGACGUGACAGAUUUUUUUUCUCCUUUUUUUAUCAACUUAGGAGAAGCUCGGGCCCCAUUUCCCAUGCUGCCAAUACUUGGAAACCAUACUAUUAUCUUUUAUCUUUACUUCCUGGGGUGAACUUCUCCUAAUCAUCUGUUGACAGCUUCUCUGCUUUUCUAAGCCUGCAUUUGCUGAAGGAGCUCAUUCUCUAAUUUGGACCAGACAGACAACGCAGAACUCUAAGGCUGAAAAAUGAAGGUUCACCCUUCACUGGCUAUUCUGUGUUGUUUGCAACUUGCAGUUGCUCACAGGUGCCCACAAAAAUGUUACUGCAGUCAUGGGAGUGUUGACUGCAGUGGCAGGGGUCUUACAAUAGACAUGCUACCUCCAGGGUUUCCGAGUGAUGCUAUGUUCCUACAACUCAAUGACAACAAGCUUACCGAGAUCUCCAAAGGGCUUUUUGACAGUCUUAUCCACUUAAAACUGGUGUCCCUGCAAGGCAAUCCAUGGCACUGUGACUGCAACAUCCUUUACUUGCAUUCUUGGCUCAUCAAGCAGGAGAAUCGAACACUGUACAAGAACAUUGCGUGCCACUCUCCAGCCAGUCUAAAGGGCCGACUAAUAAUGUACCUUACAGAGGACGAGGUACUGUCCACCUGCCAAUACUGGUAUUGUAAUCUUGCUGUCAUAUCCCAGGCUUGCCUCUUCAUCUUUAUUAUCAUUCAGGCCAUUCUCCUUAUUUUCCUCAUUACCUUUCUCCGGCGAUUUGAGAAGCUCUCUAAAGAAGCCAGCCGAACUGCCAGAGAUACUCUUGUUGGUGAAGAAUUUCACAACAACUUUACCUACAGGCCAAUAAAAGACCGAACAGUAUGAGUUCUACAAUGAAGCUGAACAUUUUCCUAUCUAGAAGUUCGAAAACAAAUAGGAAAACAACAACUGACUUUGACUAAGAGAUGUUUGUGUAAGAUGUCAUAACUCCCUGUUUGUAUUCACUUUUAGUAAACAAGGCCAACAUCAAAACAGUUUUCAAACAAAUUUGACUUCAAGCAUACAGUAAAUCUUGGAAGAUUAAAUGGGUUGUACUCAGUUUUCUUUCCAUAUGCAAAAGACAUGUGUUAAUCUAAUUGGCAGCUGUGCACUAGACUGACAUGUAAAUGAGUGUGCACUUUCGCAGAUCAGCAUUCCAUCCGGGGUUGUGUGCUUUUCUGCAUUGAAAACAACCUCGGCCGGAAGUUGCAGUAAGUUGAUGGAUAGAUGGAUGUAAAUUAGAGAGGUUACUUAAAGUGCUAUCUGGAAACAAAAUACUUUUGGUGAGGUUCUGCUAAGUGCUAUUGUGCAGAAUAAAAUCGGCUAAAUGAUAACAAAAAUUAAAAAGUGUACUGCCACUUUAGAAACUGUGCAAAUUAGACUGUAUUUGUGAGAAUACAAAGACAAAAAUAUAGAAAUGGCAUUUGAAAGGUAGCAGAAUUAUGAAUAUUUGCAAUGUAUUCUACAGCCUCUGCUUCCACUUUAUACACUUUGUAACUGUUUCUGUCUGUACUUGGGGGUGGUGGGGAGGGGGCAUGCAGCAGUAGCUGGAUAAUUUGCAGAAACGAGUUAUCCCAUAAUAUGCAUUAUCCUGAAAGUUAUGCUCAUCUUGAGACAAUUAAAAGUGACAUUAUUCAUAUUUCCUCACUGUUUUAAUAUUUUACCAAAUGUAAAUGUAAAGACAAGAACAUGUAUACAUUUUUCAAUGACCAGUUCAAUCUUUACAAAAUAAAGGGAUUUUUUAAAAUA